UGUUGUUGUUGUUGUAUCUGUUUGUCUUUCUGUCUGUUUCUGUUUCUGCCCCUCACCAUGAGUGAUUCAGAACUACAAGAACAGUUUAUGCUGCUGGAUAACCUGGUUGAGCAUCAAGAAAUCAGUGAUGAGCUCCAAAGUCUUGAUGAGCUGCAGGGAGAGGAGGAAGCAGCACCAGUAAAAACAUCUGAAACAAGGGUACAUGGAGAAAGAGAGACAGUGAUGGAAACAUUGUCUAUGCAAGACCAAGAUCAAGCAGGAAUCAGUCAAACAAGGGUGCUACAGCUGAUCACAUUCGGAAAACUGAUGCUCACUUCAAUAAUCCUGACACUAACUGUGAGGUGACCUUUUCUCCAGAGACUGUUGAAUGUUUCAUGCAAGAUCUCCAGCACUCAUUGAGCGAUUCUUUAGAUAAUGAUGCAUCAGCUCUUGGAACCUCAAGAGAGCAUCUCCUAGUUUCCUCAAACUGGAGUACAAGACAAAGUCUCAUUUCAGAGACGUGGAGGGCAGAGAGACCCCGCCUGGUGAACACGGCUGUGGCACGAGAAAAUGUGGUAACACACAUCUGCCAACUGUGUGGAAGCAAUCCAGCUGCUGUCCGGUGUUGUGACUGUCGACCACGCCCCUUCUUUUGUGCUGAAUGUGACGUCAUCAUGCACACCAGACAUGUUCUCCAUAACCGAGAUGCCAUGACUCCUGGAUUCGACCAGCCAUUGCCUCCAACAACUUUUGUUGUAGAUAAGGCUCUGUCCCAUUGUGUGCGCCAUGUGCCUGUGGAGGUUCCUGACAAAAUUUGCGGUUGUUCACCAGAGUCGUUGAGGUUCAGCCCAGAGAAGACUGUUGCUGUGAUCACAAUGAAUGGACGAUAUGAUCUAAGCAUGCCUGAGUUGAGUUGUGAGGCAUGCCAAGCCACUUGGGCUGCUGGUGUGGUCGAGCUAAAUCGAAGUGACUACUGGCCUGCGACCCUUAACUUAAAUUUAUGCCACAGAUGUCUUUUUUCAUUUGAAGAAAUGAAGAUGGCAGCACCAGGACUGUCCUGCCAAGCUUUUUCAAGAAUGCUGGAUCAGCGAACUGUCCGCUUUGGUCGUACUGGCAAGAUCUCCACAGACAGUUUUCAGAAAAGCUUUUUUGAGUGGGAGGCUGUCCGUUUUGAGAUGGACAAAAUCUGUAAGGAAGAGCCUUUUAUCUGUCCUGCAUGCACGCCAGACAUUCUGGCAGUUUCAGUAGAUGGAAACUGCAAGCUUUACCGUUUCAAGAAAGCAGCUAGGUUUACUAAAACUCUGUAUAAUGUCACACUGUGGAAACAAUAUUAAUAAGAAAAAAUAUCCAUUUAAUGUGCACACUAAAGUUAAAUUAGAUUACAAUGUAUUAUUAACUUUUGUGUACCUGUUUGUUUUUUUGGUAUAGAUCUGAAGAACAGGCCAUUUUUGAAGACGUCUUUAUAGCUAAGAAUGAAGAUGUGACAAGUGUAACCCGUGCGGCUCACUUAUGUGCAGCGUGACGUGCGGCUCGCGACACCGGGUCAGUGGAAGAGGUGUUUGUGGAGGGGAGUGGUCAGCAGCCAGAGAGACCUCCCAAAGAUCUGCUAGUAAGGUAAAAUGGAGUGGAGCAUUUCAGGAUGGGGUUUAACACUAGGAGAAGAGGUGGAACAGUGCAAUGCUUUCCUCUCCAGGAUUGCAGUGACCACAAAACACAUGUCUAAAGCAGGACGCACAGACAUGCUGACUCUCUUGGCCAUGCGCUGGAAUCAACAAAAGUUCAACAAUUUGGCCACCGCACUGAGCCGUCGAUAUCAGAAGACCACAAAAGCUCUGCAAAGCCAGUUGCAAAACCUAGAGUGCAUGAAAUUGGAAGACUGGGUGAAUGAUGUAAAGGAGUGGGCAGACGCAACAACAACAACCACCACAAGUGAUGUUGAUGCUUUGGCCAGCAGAAUUGAGGUGCUGGUGGCGAGUAUCAAGAGGCGUUCCCAGCGUCUCUAUAAAGAUACAGAUGGCAACAAAGGUCGUGCCAGGAUCCUCCGCAAGAUCAGCGAAGAGAAGGGGAUCCUGACAUCGGUUGUGGAGAAAUACAACAUAAUGGUUCCAAAAACAGAAACUCUGUGCUUGGAAACCAUUUUGUCUGGUGAGACAGCUUGGCCAUGGCAGCUACCACACAGUGACACUGUUGAUUUAAGGACAAAAAGAAAGGCAUUCGACAUCAUGUCACUAAGGCGACUUCAGGAGGAGCAGAAAAUUGUUGUUGCAGAGAUGAAUCAACAUCCAACUCGUGCAGAGACCCUCCGAGAACUGUCCUGUUUGUUUACUAGCGAGAGUCUGAAAAAUUCACAAUGUGGCCUAAGUGAAGAAGGUUUAAAAGGUCUGCAGAGCAUCAUCCACAGAAAGCAACAUAAAAUCAGAGAUAUGAGGCGAGAGACUUACCUGCAUGUUUGGUCUGGAGCUGAGAACAUCAACUUUUUAAACAAAUCGUCAGCUGAUGACUGACAGUGACAGUGACUGAAAAUUUUGAUGAUGAACUGUAAUGUGAAAACCUUCUUUUUCUUGACAGUGAACCAGUGACCUUAACCAUGAAUCUAAAGUGUGUAAUAAAAUCAGCUUUUUGUCAUU